AACUACCUCCGCUUCAUAAAAAGUCCACACAUUUGUCAGUCACGAAUCUCUAUAACCAUGCUAUAUAUAUUGUAAAAGUACAAUCAAAGACAGAUAUUCAAAGGCAGAGCACAAAAGUCACAAAAUCUCAGCAUAGUAGUAAUAAAAGGCGGCUCUCUCAAACUUCAAGAGUCAAUAAAAUUUGGCUCCCUUGUCCGCCCCACCCUCAUUUCAUCUCUGUUUAUUCCUUCUUCCUUCCUUCCUCCAUCCCUCUCUCUCUCUUUCUCUCUCUCUCUCUCUCUCUCUCUAUAUAUAUAUAUAUAUAUAUCUUAUAUAGUGUUCAACCUGUUUUUGCUUAAAAGUUGCAGCAAAGAGAAACAGAAGGUACAAGGAGAUGGAAGUGAUGGUACCUGUGCAGGCCAUGGAUUUCAACGGUGGUUUGCGGUCUCCUCCUUCACCGAAACGUUUUGGGGAAUACUAUUUCAGCGCUCCAAAUAGUCCAAAACACUUCUCCGGGCUUUAUCAUGACUUCGAUGACUUCGCUGUGAUCAACAACAGCAGUGCUAGGAGUUCUGCAGCAGUCCCCUUCGACUGGGAAGAAAAGCCCGGCACGCCUAAAUCAUCCAAGCCAAGCAUCAUCAAGAAUGAAGAUGAUUUCGCAUUUGAUGUGAGUCAGGAACUAGACAACCUCUCUGUCUCAGCUGAAGAACUCUUCGAUGGUGGUAAAAUCAGACCAUUGAAGCUACCACCUCAGUCACUGCUACAUAAAAGAAUAGAUGAGUCUGCAACGCAAAAGAGCCCGGUAAGAUCACCAAUAUCACAUGGGAAAAAGAUAAUCAAGGAGGCUUUCUCACCAAGAAGAAAGAAGGGAAUUGAUCCUUUUGCAGCUGCGGCUGAAAGUACCUGUAAAAGAGCAGAGCAUGAAAGAGGAAGAGAAAGAAGUUCUGUUUCACCAUCUCCGAGUUCAGCCCAUAGAGGGACAAGAUCACUCUCUCCUUUCAGAGUUUCCAAGUACCCAUGGGAAGAACAAGAACAACAACAGCAGCUGCACAACACUAAACAAUCUUCUAGUUCUAUCAUUCCAAAACCUUCCUUGUCGUCCACUACUUCCUCCUUGUCUUCUUCGUCUUCAAAAGGGUACAAGAAAUGGAGAUUGAAGGACUUCUGCUUGUUUCGUAACGCGUCUGAAGGACGCGCAAUGGAUAGAUAUCCUCUGAAGAAAUAUGCAGCUUUGUUCAAGAAACAUGAAGACAUUAAGAAUGCGAGCUUCCGGUCAUUAGAAGGGUCCUAUUCAGGGUCCAGCUCGAACAGAAGGGGGCCGGUUUCGGCUCAUGAAUUGCAUUACACGGUGAACCGGGCAGUUUCAGAGGAUAUGAAAAAGAAAACAUUCCUGCCAUACAAGCAGGGCAUAUUGGGACGACUGGCAUUCAAUCCUACUGUCCAUGCUCUCGCUAACGGCUUUGGGUUUUCGCGAGGAUGAAUCGGGCAUGACAACCUGUUUAGAUAUCAAUCUAUUUCUUUUCGUUGUAAAGUUCACUGUUAAAUGUAUAUGAUCGUUAUUCAUCUUGGAACUAAACUUAUGUUUUUGUUCCACGUAUUGGAGCAGUUGAAAUUAACAGGAAAGUGCUGUUGAUCAAAUGUUUUCAUUGAUUUUCAUCCAUGUUUUAUAAAAUUGUAAUUAUGAGAA